GGCAGCUAGGGGGCAUUGAACAAAGGUCGAGCUGCGCGGUUUCGUGUGUGAGGGCCAGGCGAGUUAAAAUCUCCUCAACAUCCCAGGGGCAAACGAGCCGAGUGGCGGCGCAUUCGCGAUUCAAACAUGGCAGCGGCUACCAGCGUUGUCGUACUCGACAGGGGCAACAAUACCACCUGCACGAUCAACUUACACGGCGCCACGGUGGUCUCUUGGAGGGUGAACAAUCAGGAACAGCUGUUCGUCAGUAAGCAAGCGGUGUUCGACGGGAAGAAGGCCAUUAGAGGUGGAAUUCCAUUUGUCUUUCCGCAAUUUGGAGCAUGGACUUUCGGUCCAGGUCACGGUUUCGCCCGCAUUAUGCGCUGGAACGUGGAAAAAGCACCAGAACGAAUGCCAAGUGGCGAUGUCGAGGCAAUAUUCUCAAUAAUGGACAACGAGUUCACUCGUUCAAUGUGGAAUUAUCCGUUUCGUUUAACCUACAGACUGAUACUGCGUGAGAAAGAAUUACACUUCAAUAUCGGUGUUUAUAAUCCGAGCAAAGAGCACACAUUCAGCUUCAAUCUUUUACUACACACGUACUUCAAGGUCCCCGAUGUGAGGAGAUGUCAGAUAACUGGUCUCCACGGUUGCACUUUCAUCGACAAGACGAGGGACAAUCAGAUAUUCCAAGAGGGCUUGGAUGUCGUUACUGUGCGAGAGUGGACUGACAGGAUUUAUCAGAACACUCAGCCGGAGCAUAUUAUUACCAAUGUCGUUUCGGGACGGAAAAUGCGGGUGCAAAAGUACAAUUUUCCGGACACUGUGGUUUGGAAUCCGUGGCAGGAGAAGGCCAGGGAUAUCCCGGACUUUGGGGAUGAUGAGUUUCCUAAUAUGAUUUGCGUUGAGAGCGGACACGUCAGUAGCCCCGUUAUACUCCUUCCGGGAACGGCUUUCGAGGCUAGUCAAAUUCUACAGGUCAUGUGAGUAGAGGGUGGACUAGGAGGCAACUCUCGUGACUCCGGCUCAAGCCACUCACAUAUAGUUGCCUCGUCGCCCGCUCGUCCUCGCGCAACAGUCGGUUGGCCAGCCAGUCCCCCAAGCUGGCUCUACGUUCAGCCACCGGUGCAACCACCGACGCAAAAUCAUCAUCACCACCAUCAUCAUCAAUCCCGUCACUACGCCCACUGCAUCACACAAUCCUGCUCCAUAUGUUCCCUCAAUCUUUAGUUAAACAAGCGUCGGUGGUCUCUAUUUCAUCGUUAUUACUACUUUAUACCCCAAUUAUUCAUAGCUCGUACAUUCCUCAAUAAUUCUUCUCACAAACUACUUCCUCCAACGCCAGUAGCAUUUCUGGUUUCCUUUGGCCUUUGGGAAUCUCUCUUCUUCAAUUCCCAGGGAAUAUCUCGUGUGAUCAUUCAAUAUUUCCUUGAAGUUUUGCUCUACUCCUUCAGACGAAGCAAUGGUGCUAUCAUAAUGAUCAGAAAAUCCGUAGUUUCUAAGCCCCACCGCAAUAAUUUACAAUAGAAAUUGGUGGUUUGCAUGAUUUUUUUUCAGUUGCAUAAAUAAUGCAAUAUGGAAGUAGGAUAGAAACAGUGGAGACGAUUUUUUAUGUUGACAUGUGAGGACUGAAGAAGAUAUAGCCAAUUAUCAAGAAUUUUUUCAAUUGCGCACACUGUUGGAAAUUUUUAGAAAUUCAAGUAACAGUCACAUGUGAAUUUUGAAACUCAUUGAGAAUUUAAUAUCACACUUUAUUAAAUGUUGAAUAGAUUACGCAUUCAGAGUCAUAAUUGCCUGAAUUUUCAUCAUCUUCGAUCAUUUCCAUAAUCGUAUAGACUUGAAAAAUUGGUUUUCAAUGAAUAUUCAAGAAAUUAAAUGAAUUUUCAGCAGCAAAAUAUCUGAAAAUUUCAUGAAUAUUAUUGAAUAUUAUUGAAAAUUUCACGACUUUUUCCAACAGUGUAAAAAUUGCUCAAGCGUUUCACAAUGAUUAUUUAAAAAAAUGACGAAAGUACGAAUCUAUAUUCUUCAUUCCAUCCUCGUUUGUGAGAGUAAGAAAAAAGUCAUGCAAAACCCCAAUUGAAUUAGACCAGUAGGAAUAAAAAUAUUCUGCUGUUUCCUUAUCUCUCCCGAUAAUCAGUAGAUUGCAAUUCGUAAAGCCCUCCAAGAUCAGUUAGAAACAAAUAUUAUUUUUACCCGCUAUGAAAGAGUGUCUGAAACCCGAGUGAUUCGCAUGGUGCUCAAUUAUACCGCAGAUUAUCAACAUUCCUCUUUAAAUUCUCAAGAAAUAACUCAUGAUUAUCUGCCAAUUGAACGCUUAAACAACUGGCCAAUUUCGUUCUAGGUAAUAUCUCUCUCUGUACAAUUUACAGUGAAAAUAGUUUGAUGAAUUUAACCCGCGCAUUGUUAUUGUUAUAAUAAAUACAAUACGACUGACAGUAUACGAAGAAAGAUGGAAGAAAUGUAUGGGAAAAGCAUAUGUAUACGAAAGAGAAACUCUUGCCGUUUGGCUGUAACGUUGAAACGUUGACGAAUCAAGUGAAUAAAAUUCAGACAUCGAGUUCCAGUGGCUUGUUAGCAACGUAAAUUAAGAACACUGCUUUCUGGAUUUUUAUGGAAAAUUUAGAAAACAAAAAUUUGAAUGUAUUUUUUGAAUUUUAUUUUCGUAGACUCUCGAUUAAACUUGUAAAUAGAUUGUUUAGAAUUCAUUUUGACGAUGUGUGUUCAUUUGCAUCAUCUCCUCACUCGUCUCUAAAAGCGAAAUCGAUAGGGGAUUGAAGGGAUUUAAAAAGUGCAAGGGUUUGUGACGAGCCAUUUGAAUUUAAACACGUAGUGAAUCCAAUUAUACUGUAUUAGAGGUAAAGAUCUUUGGUCUGUGUUAAUCGAUUUAAACUACCAUGAAAAAUAAUACGAAUAUUUAUAUCUCGAAUUUUGAAUAUUUUCUUUCCCAGUUUAUUUUCAUUGUGUAUUUGAUGACUAAAGAGAAUAACGAGAAAUUAUGAUACUUGAAAUUCAUUUGUCAAGGCACGAAAUUGAGAAUGUACUCUUGUUUCUUUUGGGAAAGUGCAAUAAAAUUAUUGGAAAAUGUGAA